AUGAACUUUUCUGUGAGCGAACGCGGCGCCGUCCUGCGUUCGUUAUGCUUCACCGCGAUCUUAGUGUACGCCGACCGAGGCGUGAUGUCGAGCGCGGCGGUGAGCGGGACGCCGAGAGGGACGAACGGUGCAGAGGGCGGGAGCGGGAUGCAAGGCGCGCUCGGUUGCUCGUACGCCGAGUACGGAGCUCUCACGGCAGCGUUCAUGUGUGGUUUAUUGGUCGGAUCACCGAUAUUUGCGAGCGCUGCGAACGAUUACAGCGGGUAUCGAUUGAUCGCGAUCGGGUUGGGGGCGUACGCGAUCGGUGAGUUCGGGUGCGCGACGGCGCGGACGUACGGGACGAUGUUCGCGUUUCGAUGUCUGGUCGGUUUAGGGGAGGCAUCCUUCGUCGCGCUCGCGGCGCCGUUCAUCGAUGAUCACGCGCCGGUUGGGAGGAAAACAGUGUGGUUGGCGAUGUUCUACGCGUGUGUUCCCAUGGGGGUGGCGAGUGGUAUCGCUCUGGGGGGUGGGAUCGCAUCGACGCUUGGGUGGCGAUGGGCGUUUGGAUUGAACGCGCUCACGGCGGUUCCCGCGGCGGCAUACUUCGGUCUGGCACCGGUGACGUCGUCUUUUAGAGGCGGGAUCGAAGAUGGUGCGAAUGAAAACGAUGUUGUCACCGCGCGUCACACGUUCGGAUCGAAAUCGCGAGAGUUGGCGACAGAUUUACGAGAGUUGUUUUCGCGAGACGUUUACGUGUGCACCGUGCUCGCUUACGCGGCGUACACCGCCGUCAUCGGCGUCUACGCGGUGUGGGGACCCAAGGCUGGGUAUGCGAUAUUCAAGGAUUACCUUCACACGAGCACAAGGGCAGACAUGAUCCUCGGAGGCGUCACCGUGGUGAGCGGCAUCGCUGGAACGCUUCUCGGCGGUUGGUACGUCGACGCACAUGGGAGCUCGAUGACGACGGCGCUGCGCACAUCUGCGAUUGCUGCACUCGCGGGCUUCAUGUUCCUGGAGAUCGCGUUCGCGUGCAAGUCGUUCGUCGCGUUCAUCGCGAUGUUGAUGAUGGGCCAAACGUUCGCGUUCGCCCUUCAGGCGCCCGUGAACGUCGUGAUCCUCCGGAGCGUCUCGCCUCGACUCCGCCCGCUUGCGUGCUCAAUGACCACCGUCGUCAUUCACGUCUUGGGCGAUGUCCCGACUCCGCCGGUGUUCGGACACGUGUUGGAGAUGAACGGCGAUCCCACGCCCGAGCGUUGGCGCGACGUCUGCGCCGCCUUUACGCUCUUAUUCAUCGCCGCCGCUUCCGGCAUGCACUCGGCUUCGCUCCUCGCCGCGCGCGCCGUCGAUCGAAGUCGCAUCGCCGGUGCCGACGACGCCGACGAAACCACCACCGAGGUCGUCACCGCGGACGAUUCACACGUCCACGACAGGCUCUUAUGA